UUGAAAGUCCUCUUUUAUCCCGUUAGCUGUCCCGGUAACUGGCCGUCACUUGUUCACAGUCUCCAGUGAAUUAAACAUCAGCUAUGUCGGUAUUUUGUGAGGUCCCUCAAGCAGCCCCUGUAGCUGUCUUCAAGCUAACGCAGGACUUCAACAACGACCCGUUUCUCAAGAAGGUGAACCUUGGAGUGGGAGCCUACCGGACAGAUGAAGGUCAGCCAUGGGUUUUGCCAGUGGUGAAAAAGGUAGAAAAGAUCAUUGUGCAUGAUGACAGGCUAAACCAUGAGUACCUGCCCAUCCUGGGCCUGCCUGAGUUCAGAUCCGCAGCCUCCAAGAUUGCACUGGGAGACGACAGUCCUGCCAUCCUGGAGAACAGGGUGGGAGCUGUCCAGUGUCUGGGAGGUACAGGUGCUUUGAAGAUGGGUGCAGAGUUUCUCAGGCGUUUCUACAAUGGAAACAACAACACCAAAACACCUGUCUAUGUGUCUGCACCUACCUGGGAAAAUCACAAUGCUGUAUUCGCCAAUGCUGGCUUUGAGGAUGUCCGUCCAUACAAGUACUGGGACGCAGAGAAGAGGGGCCUUGAUUUGGCUGGUUUCCUUGGUGACUUGGAGAGUUGUCCAGAACACUCCAUCUUUGUCCUUCAUGCCUGUGCCCACAAUCCAACUGGCACAGACCCCACACAGGAACAAUGGGAGCUGAUUGCUGAAGUUAUGAUGAGGAGGAAGCUGUUUGUGUUCUUUGACUCAGCUUAUCAGGGAUUCGCCUCAGGCAGUCUGGAGAAGGAUGCCUGGGCGGUCCGCUACUUUGUUUCCAUGGGCUUUGAAAUGUUCUGCGCUCAGUCGUUCUCCAAGAACUUUGGCCUCUACAAUGAACGUGUGGGCAACCUGACUGUUGUGGCUCGUGAUGCAGACAACCUGAAGCGAGUUCUGUCCCAAAUGGAGAAGAUUGUCCGGACCACUUGGUCUAACCCACCAGCUCAGGGAGCUCGCAUUGUUGCCACCACUCUUAACUCACCUGAGCUCUUUAUUGAAUGGAAGGACAAUGUGAAGACCAUGGCUGACAGGGUGUUAUUGAUGAGGGAACAGCUGAAAGCUAAGCUCCAAGCUCUGGGGACACCAGGGACAUGGGACCACAUCACAGAGCAGAUUGGCAUGUUCAGCUUCACAGGCCUCAACCCCAAACAAGUGGAAUAUAUGGUGAAGGAGAAACACAUCUACUUAAUGGCCAGUGGUCGCAUCAACAUGUGCGGUUUGACAACCAAGAACAUCGAUUACGUGGCUGAGUCCAUCCAUGAGGCCGUCACCACGGUCCAGUAGAAGACUACACUACCCACAUUUCUUAGCACUUCUCCUGCCCGGCUCUGAGCCAUCCUGAUCCCAGGGACAGAGUUUGCACCUGGAUUUCCUGGAGCAAACAUAAACUCUGAUUCUCAUAAGUAAACACACAAGCACAUUGGCCCUGUUCUCCCCCUCCUUUUGUGCUAAGCUAGGCUAAAUACAUCCUGAAUACAUAAAGGUGGUUUAGAUAUUCAUCUCCUCUAACUCUCAGCAGUUAUCCCUUUAAGUAAUUGUAUUUAUAAUUUGUCCUGUAGUUUGCUCUAUGUUGGUCACCUACUUAUUGUGUGUACUUUACUGACUUUUUUGUCUAUGUGUCAUUACCAGUCCCUUAAAGAGGGUUAGCAAAUCUGUGACUGUGUUGCAAUUACCUCGCUGUGCUGACGCUACUGUCUAAACACAUUUAACAUCACACUUCUAUGAUUCGUCCAUUUCAAGUGUUAAUAACACAUUUCCAGUUUUAUUUAACCUGCAGUAAUUAGCAUGUAUGAUUAACAGUUGUGAAGAGCUGCUAUUAGCUUAGUAACAUGACCAUACUGACUCAGUGAAGUAGCUGUAUUUUGUUAAUUACUGGAUGAAAUAUGAACAAGAGAUGAGUGUUCUCAGGAAGAUAUUUUUAACUUGAACUGUGUACUUUAUUAAUGAUACUAUCUUCUGCCCUAAGGGGUUAUACUAAUUACCUCACUUUUAAUCUGCAUUCAUGGAGUGUAUUUCCUCCAGUUUGUAUUCACUGAGCACAAAUGGCACUGAACUAUCUUAAUAGGUGUCGUGACCCCAGAGUGUUUUCUGCUGCCAGCUGAAUUCUGUGAUGUUCAGUCACCUGCCAAUGAAUGUUGAGUUUGCACAACGAUUGUCUGCACUAUUAUGUAAGACCCUCAUGUCAGUGGCACAGACACACUAUUGAUCACCAGUUUACUAUGGUAUCAGUGUGCGUAAUACACAGAUAAAGCAGUCAUAUUGUUUAGCAAAUAGAUUUAAGCAAAAAAAUUACCUCAUCCGACCAUUAAAAUGACAUGAAUUAACCACUAAAGAACUAUACUAUAACUACAAUAAAGACCGAGAAGUAGUA